AUGGGGGGAGGAGAUAUGACAGCAUGCGCGUACAUGGUGAUAGUGCAGUUAGGGUAUGUUGGUAUGAAUAUCAUAGCAAAAUUGGCAAUGAAUACCGGAAUGAGUCCUUUUGUGCAAGUUGCAUAUCGCCAACUUUUCGCUACGCUUUCGAUUCUUCCUCUUGCUUACUUCGUAGAGAGGAAUAAUCGCCCUAAAAUGACACGAAGUAUCUUAUUCCAGAUCUUCUUAUGCUCCAUAUUUGGAGUGACAGUGAAUCAAAUCACAUAUUUCGUGGGACUGAAGAAUUCAACUCCAACAAUCGCAUGCGCGUUAACCAACAUUCAUCCCGUGGUCACCUUUAUCAUGGCUGUCGCCUUUCGAUUGGAAAAGAUAGGCGUGAAGACCAAGGGAGGGCAAGCAAAAAUACUGGGGACGGUGUUGUGUGUAGGAGGAACCCUGUUUUUGUCGUUUUACUCCGGACUCGUCGUCAUUCUAGGCCCUUUUCUCCUCAUUCUCAGUGCUGUUUCUUGGGCUGUCUACUUGAUCAUCCAAGAAAAAGAAAGCCUGAACUACAAUGUUCCCUUCUCAUGCACGGCCAUAAUGUGCGCAAUGGCGACUGUCCAGUGUGUGGCCGUGGCCUUCGCAAUGGAGCCUAACUUAUCUGCUUGGUCCCUGGCUUCCGAACUUAGGCUCAUCUCAUCCAUCUACGCGGGAGUAAUGUGCUCAGCAGUGGCAUUUUGCCUAAAGGCAUGGUGCAUAGACAGGAAAGGCCCUUUAUACGUAUCCGUGUUUAGCCCUUUGCGAAUUAUGAUGGUAGCCAUCGUCAGUUUGGCUGUACUUGAUGAAAAGAUCUACAUUGGAACAGUUGUUGGACCUGUGCUGAUUGCGUUGGGACUGUACGGACUGUUGUGGGGCAAGUUUAGGGAAACAGCUGUUCAUGAAGCAGAGAAGAUAGCUGAGCAUGACAUGAAAAUGGAGGAAGUGCCGCAUCCAACAAUUUUUAACGGAAUAUUCGACUCUUGA